GCGAGUUCAUUCGAUCGAAUGAACCAUUUAAAAUGCAGGAAUUAUAAAACGAAACGUAAAUUGCAUUCGAAAUGUAAAGUUUACAGAAACUUAAAAUGGUUCACAAACAAACAUACAUUCUCCUUGUGUACUCGUUUCUCUCUGCGCUGGAUACUUUGAGUGUAUAAGGAUUCUGUAGAAAUGAUUUGCGACCCUCAAAAACUAACUAAAACUGCUAUAUAUAGACAUUCGAAAAUAAACUGCCCUAACGGUCGAACAUUAUCCGAAUGCCAAGUGUCCUGCCACGUACAUCUUACAUGCACAUAACUGCCCCUUAGAACGGUUAUCCAUCUUGCUCGAAGUCGAACUGGUUUAGUGAAGAUUUGUUCAGAAAUUAUGCUAAGUCCAGAACUCUUGCUGCCUCGACUUCGACUCGUCCAUACACCAGUUCGAAUUGCCCAAUAACUCGAAGUCCUCUUUCUUGUCUUAGCUUUGUACUUCGUAAAUACUCCUUUGAACCUGGGAAUUCCUUCUUAAAGACUCUCCUCUCUUUUCGAUUCGAGCAGGUCCUGGCCAGACUCUUGCUCUGUAAUACGCUCCGAACCUCGAGACGACAUCCAAUGCAUACUUAGAACAUAUUUUAGCUCGUCGAAAAUAUGGGCUAACAAAUUGCCCCCAAAAAAUGUCUGCUUCGAUUCGAGAUCGAAGGAAGAUGAGAAGUUGACAUUUUUUCUCUUCUACCAGCUUUCCUGAAACGACGUCACGAUCGCACGUUCACUGUGUAACCGUCGCCUCGAUCUCCAUUACCCAUCAUUAAUUCCACCUUUCUAGGCUGAGUGGGACACGUGUCACGCUGGGGAGUAAAAAGGGAAAUCUGAUGUGAUUGAUUUCUGACCCUUGAUUCUUAUUAUAUUAUUUUCCCUUUUUUUAAAGUGAAACCCCAUAAAUAGCGCCAGAACUACAGAUAAAACCCCUUCAGCUUCUUCCAAAACCCUUCUUCUUCCUUGUUUCUGAAACCCUUCUUCUUCUUUGCUUCAUAUUUCCGGCGAAACCUUUCUUGCUUUCAGAUCUUCCUAUUAACUUGUUACUCCUUUCAUCAUCAACCUCACCGUAUCUCUGAGCUUCGCCAACUGUUCUUCGUGAACCCAAGCUCUCACUCACUGAUUCUAUCAACUACAAAACCCUUCACGAGAAAAUCAUCCUUUUUUCAGAUUUCUCAUAAUGUCGCAAGGCCAAGCAGUUCCGUUUGCUGGGAAAUGGCACCGUUUCACAGUCAGGAACGACGGAGAGAAGGUGGUUCCAGAACCACAAGGUGACGCCGAACACACAGAAAUCUGGGAAUCGGAGGUGAUGAUCCCUUUCGCAGUAGAAAGGACAGUUUACGCUUUCGGUGGACCUCUGCCAGACCAAGAGUCACUCUCGAGUUCAAUGAACAAGGUAUUCCCCUGCUACCCAACUUGCGAACCUAGGAUUUUUGAUAGUGAGCCUUACAACUUCAAUUGUUUAAGCAAACCCCACAAACUCUUUCGAUCCGCCCCGUCAAUAGCCCAUAGGGAUUACAUACCUUGGCUUGAUCGAGUCGAACAAGCGUAUGAGGAUUUCUGGAAGACAUAUGGCAUAUUUGACUUAAUACAAUUCUCUCGAUUUGGUCCUGAAUAUCGACCAGAAAUGCUGAUAGCAGCUAUGCAUUUUUUCGAGUCUUCUACCAACACCUUUCAAUUUAAAUGUGGUAUGAUGACCCCUACUCUUUUAGAUGUAGCUGCCCUCACAGGCCUUAGGCCUAGCGGAGAAACGUAUGAUCCCACUAAAUCUAGUGAUAAUAUCAAGCUAGUAUAUAAGGAGAACACCUUUUCCAAAUAUAUAGCUGAACACAAAGGAUCGGUCGAAGAGGAAGUCUCUGAUGAAGAGCAUGUAGCCUUCUUGACCCUAUGGCUAUCUCACUACGUCUUUUGCACAAAAUCCUUGCAAGUAGCCAAAAGAUUUAUUCCAAUGGCAAUACAAAUUCAUGAAGGUCAGAGCUUUGGAUUUGGACGCCUCUUGUUAGCAGUACUAUACGAAUCGCUUGGUGAGGCAUGCGAUGACCUGAAGAAAUCGAAGGAUGGGUCUUCCUUCUUAGUAUCUGGGCCUAUGUGGCUUCUCCAGUUGUGGCUUAAUGCCACUUUCGAACAAGAAAUGGGAUUAAUAAUCCCACAAGAUUAUGCUGAAGAAGUUGCCAAUCGCUCGAUCGAAGGCCAGAGAGCACUUCGAUUAACACCCAAAACCUUCGAUCAAAACCCACAAAAGCUGUUCCUCAAGUACAUGAAGAUUUUUCUGAGUUUUGACAAGUUUCUUCCCCAACAUGCUCCAUUCAUUAGUCGAGAGGUCGGCCCGGCCUGGUUCACUGACGAUUUUCCUGCUGUCGAUCCGGACAAUGAAGAAGAAGUGAAUGAAAUAUGGUCAUUUUAUUUGAAUCCACAGAUCCUGUCCUGUCGUACAGGUGUUCAAUCGAACUAUUUAGGCCUGGUUGGAUACCAGCCAAAUUUGGUUUCAAGACAAUUUGGCCUCUCACAGAUCCGUCCCAAAAGCUUGUUCGAAGAUCCUAGAGACGUCAUAAGAGGGGCCAAUCUUUCAGAAAAGACUUUCAAGAAAUUUUUGAAGAUUUCUCUUGAUGAAAAUUAUAACCUGCAUCCUUUUGAGUUCAACCAUUCCCACUUCUGCACCAUGGGAUUUGUUACCUGGUGGGAGAAAUAUUAUUCGGGCCGUUCGGUCGGAGACACAACUAUCAUGAUUUCCAGACUUGAGAGUGGUUUUACCCAACCAACGGUCGAAAAUAUCCGCUCAAACCUUCAAGCUCGAGGCAAAACAAUCAUGACAAAGAAAAUUGUUGAAACGUCUCGAGCUGAUGUGAGACCCAAGAAACCCACUGGGGUGAAGAUCCAAGAAUGGAAACAAGAAGAGAAGAGUCAAAAGAAAGAUGAUAGCACCGAGACUACCACGACCUCAAAACGCUCGAAGCGUGUGGUCAUCGAAUUCGACGAAGAAAAAGAUGCAAGUUUUAUUUCUAAUGUCAAUAUUAUAACUCUCUUUCAAGUCUAUAUUCUGACAUUUCUCUACCCUCAUAACACAGGAAGAAGAGGAAAGACCUCUUGUAAGAAAGAGAAAAUCACCUGAGACUUCGACCAAAUCUGCUGUCCAAACAGAGGCAGGCGAUUCCCAGGCUCAAAUGCCUAAGAA